GAUGGUAACUUUGAAGUAACUCUGGCCACCAAAGCCACUCUGUACGCCGACGGAAAGGUGGAAUGGAAGCCGCCGGCCAUCUACAAGUCCUCGUGCGAGAUUGACGUCGAGUACUUCCCGUUUGACGAGCAGACGUGCGUUAUGAAGUUCGGCAGCUGGACCUACGACGGAAAACAGGUCGAUUUACGGCACGUCGAGGAAGACCCGACCGACUCCAAAGUGAAAAUUGGCGUCGAUUUGUCAGACUUUUACCUCUCGGUCGAAUGGGAUAUUCUGGAUGUUCCGGCGAUACGGAACAAAAAGUUUUACACGUGUUGCAACGAGCCGUACCUGGACAUAACGUUCAACAUUACCAUGAGGAGGAAAACGCUGUUCUACACGGUCAACCUCAUCAUCCCCUGCAUGGGAAUCUCAUUUCUCACCGUGCUGGUGUUUUACCUGCCCUCCGAUAGUGGAGAGAAGGUCAGUCUCUCCAUCAGCAUUCUGCUGUCGCUCACUGUGUUCUUCCUGCUGCUGGCCGAGAUUAUUCCGCCGACAUCGUUGGUGGUGCCUCUGCUCGGCAAGUUCGUCCUGUUCACAAUGAUAUUGGACACGCUAAGUAUAUGUGUUACAGUGGUGGUGCUCAACAUUCACUUCCGGUCGCCCCAAACGCACUCGAUGGCGCCCUGGGUGCGGCGGGUGUUCAUCCACAUCCUGCCUCGGCUACUGGUGAUGCGGCGGCCCCAGUACAGCACCUAUGACAGGCACAGGGUGUUGAUUCGCACCUGUAACGGUCUGGAGGUGCGCGAGGCAGCCACCCAGCUCUACAAGGACGCUCACAGCAGAGCGUCCGGCUUCACCAGCGAGUCACUCAAGGACCACGGCCUCUGCUUUCCACCCACGGCCACCAUCAGUGACCUGGCGCCCAGGAGUGACCUGGACGCCCUGGGUCUGAACACGCCCUGCCGUAUCCAUGGCAACCCCGGCUCGGCCGGAGAGGGUCUCGGAGGUCACCGGCACCGCUCCUGUGAGCUGGGCUACUGUCCAGAGGUGUUCCGCGCCUUCGAGGGCGUCAAGUUUAUCGCGGAGAGCACAAGGCGUGAACAGGAUACCACCAGAGUGCGCGAGGACUGGAAGUACGUAGCCAUGGUUCUGGACCGGCUGUUUCUCUGGAUCUUCACGCUGGCAGUGCUGGUGGGGACGGCCGGCAUCAUCCUACAGGCACCGACUCUUUAUGACGAUCGCAGGCCUAUUGACGAAGAGCUCAGUGACAUUAAAAGCCCCCGCGACCGGCAGAGAGGGCACCACUAGGCUGCAACCGCGGCCGGUUGACUGGUGCUUCCUGCGAGCGUUGGUUACGGGCGGUCCUUUGGUGCUAUGUUGGUGACGGCCCCUGGUGCUCUGUUGGUGCUCUGUUGCUGACGGCUCCCUGGUGCUCUGUCGGUGAUGACCGUCUGUUGUUGUGCUCAGUCCUACUUGCGGAUGAACCGGACUUUUUGUGACGGUGUACAGAGCCGGACGUAAGCUGGCGAGAUAUUUGGUAGUGAUGCGUGGGCUUGGAAUCUGCGUU